AACCAAGGCGGGUGGUCCGACGUCCUCAAGCGCUUUGGCGAGGGCGGCGGCAAACUAUACGACCUCGAGUUCCUCAACGAUGAGAACGGCCGACGCGUUGCUGCGUUUGGAUUCCAUGCUGGGUUUGCUGGUGCAGCGGCGGGUGCGCUCGCGUUGGCUGCUGAGAAGAGUGGCAAUGGCCAGUUGAAGAGCUUGGAGCCGUAUGCGAAUGAGGCCGAGAUGGUCAAGGAUGUGAGGGAGAAGCUUGGUGGGAGUGGAAAGGGGAUCAAGGCGUUGGUAAUGGGUGCGCUUGGAAGGUGUGGACGUGGUGCUGUGGACUUGUUCCGCAAGAUCGGUCUCGAAGAGGACGACAUUCUCAAGUGGGAUCUCGCCGAGACCGCCAAGGGUGGUCCGUUCCAAGAGAUCCUCGACGUCGACAUUUUCGUCAACUGCAUCUACCUUUCAUCCUCCAUCCCACCCUUUGUCUCACCCGAGCAAAUCGAAAAGGCGGGCAAGGACCGAAAUUUGAGCGUCGUCGUCGAUGUCAGUUGUGACACGACCAACCCAUACAACCCCAUUCCAAUCUAUAACGUCAAUACAACAUUUGAUGACCCACUAGUGGCCGUAAAGGUCCCAUCUGGAACUCGGCCCAUGUCUGUCAUUUCAAUCGACCACUUGCCAACUCUCUUGCCUAGAGAAGCCUCUGAACAAUUCAGCGGCGACCUCCUCCCCACCCUCUUGAAGUACGGCCAGAGGGAUACGGAGAGGACCUGGGUGGAAGCAGAAAAGUUGUUUGAGGAAAAGUUGAACGCCGCAAAGCAGCAGGAGUGGGCAUACCCACGGGUGGACCAGAGGGUGGGGCAUAUUGACCGCCAGCAGGGUUAUACGACGCAUUAUACUCGUUCUGGUGAGCACCGUAUUGCUGGUUGGGUUGGGCUGAUAGUCUUGUUUUGGUUCGGUGACGGGAGCCUCUCGAUCACCUCCCUUGGCCUUACGACCGCGGAGGCAGCGGAAGAUGCAAAAGACGCAAAUGCAGAACAAGAUCACACCGACGACUGUGCAAAGAAACUGAAAGGAGAAAUGGACGCGCUACUCACCAACACAGACGACGACGGCGAUCAGAGCACCCUUGGCGAGCUUGGUGCCAGAGCUGCUCGUCCUAGAGCGCCCUUUAGCCUCUACACCCAUCAAGAGAGAGGAGAGGGUGAGCAAGAGGGCCACGGUGGUGGGCAACAAGCUUCUCCGAGUCGAAAUCAUGGUGUCUCCGAGAAAACAACGUAUGUGCGUUUGAACGGGAAGCUACUGUGCACGCUAUAG